CUGGUCUGCCUCUCAGCCUCUCCCAAAAGCUUCCUGAGAUCUACCCAUCAUGCAGAUGGUGGCUAGGUUUGUUGCAGUGCUUCUGCUGACAUGGAGUAUGCGCGCAGCUGCCCUGCCAGGAGAAGACAACUUUUCUGCACAUAGCAGCAGGGUGAGUGAGCAGCCCAAAGCUCGGAAAGCUCUUAUCCUGAAAAUGCUAGCAGGGCUCCUAAAUGGAGUAGAUGUAGAUCGUGAUGCUGCAGUUGUUUCUGACGUAGAGAACCCUCUAGAAAUAAAAUUGGAGGAAGAACCCUUGAUGCUGGGGCAGUCACGACACACCACCGAGAGGGUCCGCAAAGCUCCGUGUAAAAACUUCUUUUGGAAAACGUUCACUGCCUGCUAACAAACCAUCCACAGCCCUUCUGGCUUCCGGAGCUGUCCUGCUGUGUAUGGUUGCCCAUGGGCCAGAAAAAAGGAAAAAGAAAGAAAAAUCUCCAGUCUGCGUUGCUCCUGUCCCCUCCAGCUGAGCUUUGAUCUGCAAAAAGAGGGGAGGGGGCUUUCCCAUCACAUUUCGCAAUGUAAGUCAGUCCAUGAAUAUUUGCAAAGUGCUGCAGAUCCAACAGAACCACGAAGGAACUGCGGCAAAGGACUGGUUCGGUCGUGGCUAAUCCCUUCCCAUCCGUGGUUGUGCUAAACUAUGGCAAACUCUCUCUGCCCUUCUGUGGUGUCGCACCUCCUUUACUUUUCGGUUUUCUCCUUUUCCUUAUCAAAGAACUGAGCUCAAACUUUGAUUUCGUGAUUUAAUUGACAAAUAAAGCAUGGCCUGAGGACC